UUUAAUAUUUUAGCAUCAAAACAAAACUCAUUGAAAAAUCCCAUGUGGAAAAAGUUGACGGAUAUCUGAACGAUCUGAAAGCUCUGAACUAGUUGCAAAGCGUCAUUCAAGCAAAACUAGCUCAUCCCCACAUUCCAAACUCUUUCUUCAUCCUUCAGAUUCCUAUCCGACGACGACUCAGUUGUGAUCAUGGCUGAGUUGGUGGGCGGAGCUUUUCUCUCUUCUUUCCUCAAUGUUUUGUUCGACCGGAUGGCUUCCCGUCCCUUCCUCGAUUUCAUCUCUGGGAAGAAAAACGACAACGAGCUGCUCAUGAGGAAGUUGAAGAUCAAGUUGCUCGCUGCUAACAAGCUGGUUGACGAUGCGGAGGAGAAGCAGAUGACAGACCGGACCGUGAGGGACUGGCUCGACGAUCUCAAAGAUGCUAUCUACUGUGUAGGAGAGUUGCUGGACGAGAUCAACACUGAAGCUCUUCGACGCCAGCUGGAAGGUGACCAUGACCAUUCUCCCACAGCUAGCAGCAGCACAAGCUGGAUCAUGAGAUCAGUAUUUAAGUCUUCUUUUCCGUCCGAUGAAUUUCACAACUCUCUUGAACCGAAGAUAUCAAACAUUCUGGGGGUGUUAGACCUCAUUCUCAAUGAAAGAGAUGCUCUUGGUCUGAAAGAAGGAGUUCAACAUAGACCACAAGACACAACUCGUCAAACUACUUCUCGGGUCGAUGAGUCUGGCGUCUUCGGAAGGGAAAAAGACAGAGAAACGAUUCUUAAAGCAUUGCGUUCGGAUGAUACGACUGGCGCUAAGAUAGGAGUUCUUCCCAUCGUGGGCAUGGGAGGGAUCGGGAAGUCCACCCUUGCUCAACUUGUGUACAAAGAUGUCAAGGAUGACUUUGAUGUCCAAGCAUGGGUUUUUGUCGGAGUAGAAUUUAGUAUUCUUCAAAUAGCACAAACAAUAUAUGAGAAGAUCAGGGAUGAAACUUGCAAGAUCACAGAUCUGGAUCGGCUUUCUGGAAAAUUGGAGGAGGUUUUGACAGGAAAAAAGUUCCCCUUCGUUCUUGAUGAUGUCUGGAGUGAGGAUCAUCUUCUUUGGAAGAACUUGAUGACUCACUUCAAUAGUUGCGGAGGACAUGGAAGUAAGAUCAUUGUCACAACACGCCUCGGAGGCGUAGCAUCUAUCACCGGGACUCUUUCAGCACAUCAUCUGGAGGAGAUAUCCGAGGACGAUUCUUGGUUGUUAUUUGCAAAGCAAGCGUUCACAAAUGCCAGUGUUGUUGGCGCACAUCCGGAGCUUGAAGUCAUUGGAAGACAAAUUGUUAAGAACUGUCAAGGCCUUCCUUUAGCUAUAAAAUCAUUAGGGGGUCUAUUACUUUCUAAUUCAAACCCAAAGGAAUGGGAAAAGAUAUUGAAGAGUGACUUAUGGAAGUUGUCGAAAGUUAAGGUUUUGCCGGCUUUAUGGUUAAGCUACCAUUAUCUUCCACCACAUCUCAAGCGUUGUUUUGCUUAUUGUUCGAUAUUUCCAAAAGGUUACAGAUUUUGGAAACGAGAGCUGAUUUUAUUUUGGAUGGCCGAAGACCUCUUACAAUCGAACGAGGAGGGCGUAUUGGAUCCGGAAGAAGUGGGAAGUGAUUACUUUGAUAUUCUAUUAUCAAGGUCUUUCUUUCAACAUUCAAGUAACACAUGGGAUUUCACCAUGCAUGACAUUAUGAAUGAUUUAGCAAAGUUUGUAGCCGGAGAAUUUUGUUUGAGAUUGGAGGGAAAUCAGCUGCCCAACAAAAAUUUGUGCAAAACUCGUCACUUUUCAUUCAUGAAAUUUGGAGGUCAUGGCAUUCAGAAAUUUGAGGCGCUGGAUGAGGCUAAGCACUUGCACACCUUUCUACAACUUGAAUCCUUCGAACUUGGAGGAGACUGCAAUAAGUUGGUAUUGAACUACACGCUUGUUGAUUUAUUACCAAAUCUACCAUGUUUAAGAGUGCUCAAGUUGUCAAAUACUCAUAUUGAUGAGUUGCCUAGCUCAAUUGGCAACUUAAAACAAUUAAGGCAUUUGGACGUGUCGUUCACUUCAAUAAGAGAAUUACCUGAGACGGUGUGCACCUUGUUAUUGGUUGGUUGUCGUAGACUGAUUCAACUACCAUCCAAUUUGGGAAGGCUAAUCAACUUGCGCCAUCUCAAUAAUAGUUACACAGAUAUUGAAAAGAUGCCUGCAGGGAUGUGUAAUUUGAAAAAUCUCCAAACAUUAAGCCAUUUUGUGGUGGACAAACAAACAGCUCAAAGGAUAGGAGAGUUAAAAGAGCUUCAGCGUUUGCGCGGAGAUCUUACAAUCUCAGGAGUUGGUAACAUUGACCAUGAGGGGAAUGCUUUGGAGGCAGAUAUCAUGAGCAACAAGGAGUAUCUGGACAAACUUGUUUUGAUAUGGGGAAGAGAUCGACAUGCUCACGAAAAGGAAUUGGGAGUAUAUAUUUUGAGAGAUGGAAGAGGCGAUGAUGAUCAUGAUCCACAAAAUGACAGAGAAGUGCUCAACAAGCUCCAACCUCAUACAAACCUCAAACAACUUGAGAUUAAAUCUUACGGGGGUGUAAGUUUUCCAGGUUGGUUAGGAGAUCCAUCUUUCUCUAAACUAUCUUGUAUUAAACUCGUAGAUUUCCAACAUUGCUGCUUAUUGCCACCACUUGGGCAACUACCCUCCCUCAAACAACUUCAUGUUCUAGGGAUGAAUAACGUGGUUGAGAUUGGUAGCGAGUUUUAUGGUAACGAUACUUGUGGGAUUACUCCAUUUAGAUCUCUACAAAAAUUGUUCUUGGAAGGUAUGUUGGAGUGGGAAAAGUGGUCCUAUUACGAUGGAAGCAGAGGCAACACCACAAUAAUGUUUCCUAAUCUUCGUGAGCUUGGACUGAAAAAUUGUCCCAAGCUGACUGAGAUAUUACCGUUGGAGAAGCUGCAAAGUCUUGAAAGGGUAGAAUUGUGUGGUCUGGAGUCCUUCAGUGGUUCAGUUUCACAUGUGGAAUCUGAAUGCCCUCAAUUCCUUUCCCUCGCUCACUUGAAAAUGGACAAUACCCAAAUUUUGUAUGUUUUCCAGAUGGAGGGAUGGAUGCGCCCAAAUUGAAGGACCUGUACAUCAGUGGCUGCAAGAAAUUAAGGUCGCUGCCAGAACAAAUGCAUACCCUUCUACUGUCUCUUCAGAAAUUGGAAGUGUUCGACUGUCCAGAAGUGGAAUCAUAUUACGAUGGAAGCAGAGGCAACACCACAAUACUGUUUCCUAAUCUUCGUGAGCUUGUACUGAGCAGAUGUCCCAAGCUAACUGAGAUAGUACCGUUGGAGAAGCUGCCAAGGCUUGAAAGCGUACAAUUAAGGGACCUGGAAUCCUUCAAUGGUUCACUUGCACAUGUGGAAUCUGAAUGCCCUAAAUUCCUCUCCCUCGUUCGCUUGAAAAUAGAGAUCUGCCCAAAUUUUGUAUGUUUUCCAGAUGGAGGGAUGGAUGCACCCAAAUUGGAGGAGCUGCGUAUCUCUCAAUGCAAGAAAUUGAGGUCACUGCCAGAACAAAUGCAUAUCCUUCUACCGUCUCUUCAACGUUUGAAAGUAUUCGGCUGUCCAGAAGUGGAAUCAUUUCCUCAAGGAGGGUUGCCCUCAAAUUUACAAGGCCUUUCUUUUGAGUGUUAUAGAAAACUCGCUGCAAACCGCUCACUGUGGGGUUUAACAAGACUCAACUCUCUUAGAAAUUUGGAAAUCAGUUUCACUGAAGAAGGUGGAGAAGAAACGGGAUGUUCGUUUCCGGAAGAGGGUUUGCUGCCCGCCACUCUCACUAGUCUCUCCAUCUGCUUUCAUCCAAAUCUUAGAACCAUCCAAGGCAAGGUUUUGAGACAACUCACCUCUCUUGAACACCUCACAAUACAAGGAUGCCCUGAGCUCCAGGGCUUUCCAGAACAAAUGCAUACCCUUAUACCGUCUCUUCAAAAAUUGAGAGUGUUCGGCUGUCCAGAAGUGGAAUCAUUUCCUCAAGGAGGGUUGCCCUCAAAUUUGCAAGACCUUUCUUUUGAGUGUUGUAGAAAACUCGCUGCAAACCGCUCACUGUGGGGUUUAACAAGACUCAACUCUCUUAGAAGGUUGGACAUCAGUUUCACUGAAGAAGGUGGAGAAGAAAUGGGAUGUUCGUUUCCGGAAGAGGGUUUGCUGCCCGCCACUCUCACUAGUCUCUCCAUCCGCUUUCUUCCAAAUCUUACAACCAUCCAAGGCAAGGUUUUGAGACAACUCACCUCUCUUGAAGACCUCACAAUACGACGGUGCCCGGAGCUCCAGGGCUUUCCAGAAGAAGCGCCCAAAUCUCUGAAAAGCUUGACUAUUUGGGAGUGCCCUAAUAUCGGGUGCUUGCCGGGAGAAUGGCUUCCCACAUCUCUUUCACUACUGCAAAUCUGGACGUGUCCGCUGUUAGAAGAACGAUUCCGAAGAGAGACAGGGGAAGAUUGGCCAAAGAUUUCUCACAUCCUCCAUAAAUAUAUACAUUAGAUGUCCUUGAGAUUAGUACUUGCCGAACUCUCUCUCUCUCAAUCAGAUGGAGGGAUGGAUGCGCCCAAAUUGGAGGAGCUGCUUAUCUCUCGAUGGAAGAAAUUGAGGUCGUUGCCAGAACAAAUGCAUACCCUUCUACUGUCGCUGUCAAUCGUCUCUCCAUCUACAAUCUUCCGAAUCUUACAACCAUCCAAGGCAAGGUGUUGAGACAACUCACCUCUCUUGAAAACCUCAUAAUAGACGGAUGCCCUGAGCUCCAGUGCUUUCUUGAAGAAGCCCCCAAGUCUCUAAAAGGCUUGACUAUUACGAGAUGCCCUAAACUCGGGUGCUUGCCAGGAGAAUGGCUUCCCACGUCUCUUUCUUAUCUGCAAAUCCAUUUGUGUCCUCUGCUAGAACAACGAUUCCAGAGAGACGGGGGAAGAUUGGCCCAAGGUUGCUCACAUCCCCGCGUGUAUAUAUUAUAGAUCUUCUUGAACUUGGCUCUCUCUGUCUCUCUCAGGUGUAUGUGUAUAUCCCUUGUUGUUUUGCCACAAACUCUUCCUAAUGCAACAACAUAGGGGGGAGCUGGUAUAGCCCUUGUUGUUUUGCGAUGGAGUAGUACUAUGUACAUGAUUACUAGGCUAAAACAAGUGCAAAUUUGAUUUCGUUAAUUUGUCUAUUCGACUAUAUAACCUUGCUCAUUGUCAUUGUAUGUAUCAUGCUGUCUCGAUCCAGCCGAUUUCAUUU